AUGAGCACCACAUCACUAGCAUCUAACAGCGCGUUUAUGGCCCGGUAUAUGGCACUGGAACAGCCCCGGGAUAAAAUCAUGGUCACCUACGUCUAUAUACACCCUGGCAACGACAACCUGGCUCAUUUCAGUGGCAAAACUAAAGUCAUAGACUUUGUGCCCAAACAAGCAUCGGAAGUGCCGUUUUUUGACUUCGCAUUGGUUACGGGGGACAGUCUGGUCGAGGUGUUUAUACGACCCGUACAGCUAUACGCCGACCCCUUCCGGGGCGGUGACAAUAAGCUAGUCUUAUGA